GGCCAAAAAGGAGGCGGAACUCGGUGAUCAGGGCUGCAGUUUCCCGGCCGGACCGAAAAGCCAAGCACACCGAGCGUUCCCGGAGUAGCGACUUGGUCCCCGGCUCCCGCGACAUGGCUUUCAACUUUGGGGCUCCGUCGGGCACCUCGGGCACCGCUGCAGCCCCUGCGGCCCCCGCAGGUGGGUUUGGAGGAUUUGGGACAACAUCUACAACAGCAGGUUCUGCAUUCAGCUUUUCUGCUCCAACUAACACAGGCACUACUGGACUCUUCGGUGGUACUCAGAACAAAGGUUUUGGAUUUGGUACUGGUUUUGGCACAACAACAGGAACUAGUACUGGUUUAGGUACUGGUUUGGGAACUGGACUGGGAUUUGGAGGAUUUAAUACACAACAGCAGCAAACAACAUUAGGUGGUCUCUUCAGUCAGCCUACACAAGCUCCUGCCCAGUCCAACCAGCUGAUACAUACAGCAAGUGCUCUUUCUGCUCCAACGCUAUUGGGAGAUGAGAGAGAUGCUAUUUUGGCAAAAUGGAAUCAACUGCAGGCCUUUUGGGGAACAGGAAAAGGCUAUUUUAACAAUAACAAUGCACCAGUGGAAUUCACCCAAGAAAAUCCCUUUUGCCGAUUUAAGAUUAUAUCAGAAGAUAUUAGUGAGUUACAGAAGAAUCAAACUACAACUAUGGCCAAAAUUGCACAAUACAAAAGGAAACUCAUGGAUCUUUCCCAUAGAACCUUACAGGUCCUAAUUAAACAGGAAAUUCAGAGGAAGAGUGGUUAUGCCAUCCAGGCAGAUGAAGAGCAGUUGCGAGUUCAACUAGAUACAAUUCAGUGUGAACUAAAUGCCCCUACUCAGUUCAAGGGUCGACUAAAUGAAUUAAUGUCCCAGAUCAGGAUGCAGAAUCAUUUUGGCGCAGUCAAAUCUGAGGAAAGAUAUUACAUAGAUGCAGACCUGCUACGAGAAAUCAAGCAGCAUUUGAAACAACAGCAGGAAGGCCUUAGCCACCUGAUCAGCAUCAUAAAAGAUGAUCUAGAAGAUAUAAAAUUGGUGGAACAUGGAUUGAAUGAAACCAUCCACACCAGAGGUGGUGUCUUCAGUUGACAGUUCACUACCUUGUGUUGGAGGUUUGUGAAAUGCAUUCUCUGACUGCCUCAGGCCCUCCUUUAGAACUGACUACAUGGAAAAAAAAAAAAACCCACCCUCUCCUGGCUUGGUUUCUGAGAAGGUUACUGCAGAUUAUUGUUCAUCAAAUCUGAAAUAACAUAGUCACCUUACAGCUUUUCAAAGAUACCCUUUGAAAGAUUUAUACCUAAAAGCUGUAUAUUUACUUUAAAAAAAGAAAAGUACAUAAUUUCCAAAAGUGUACAUACUAUCGAACAUUUUUACAACAGCAUCGUACUUGAAAAAUAAUCAGUGUUUAAAGAUUAUUCUCCGUUGAGCCUGUACUCUGCUUUCCAUAGCAAGUAAAUAUGAGAUGUCUACUUUGCACAUACAAAAUAAACUAUUACUUGGCUGCUGGAGAUUUGUACUUCAUAGUGUAAAUGUACCAUCAGUUUUUAUAUUUGUGAAUUCAUCUAUGGGAGGAGUAAAGAAAAUCCAAGAACCUUUAAUGAUUAAUGUGGUUUUCCUUUCAUUCUAUAAAGAUUUGAAAAUAUAUUUUUAUAUUAUUUUACUUAUUUGGAACUUACAGAUAUUAGGACAUAACAAAAUUACUUAACCGUUUUUGCAACUUUGUUUUUUAAACCUUUUUAUUUCUAAAAAUGAUUACAACUUAUAAAUAAAUUCUUGAUUUGUAAUUUUAUAAAAUUCUGUCUGGUGUUUUGCUUAUUUGGCUUUUGGGGAAUGACCAUUUAUGUCUACACAAGUGCUAAGUCAUAAUCACAAUCCAGGAAUUUUAGUCUUUCCUUGUUUUAAAUCAGAUUUUUUUAUUCCCAAGGACUUUUGUCGAUGCUGGUAUAAAACUUACUUCACAUAUCUAGGAGAAACAAUUCUCUAAUAGCUCAUUAGUAUCGAAAACACUAGAAAAAUCUAAAUUAGACAACAUUAU